AUGGAAAACAGAGGACUCCCUCUAAGAUCAAUCAUCUCACAUUCUCUCUGGAUAACACUAGUUGGAAUCCUUCUCUUCAGUCUCUCCACCACGAAGAAACACAACUUUGGUUACACGAAAUUCUUUUCAAUAUGCGGAACGUUACUCAUGACUUUGCCUUGGAUGAUCCAACUUCUUGUCACUUCUGCUGUCAUAUUACUGCAUAAGAGUGGAGGUUACAACCUCAUGUGGAUUGUUCGGCCAACACAAUCAUCCAAGGAGAAUCAUCCCACUAAUGUCGUCACUAUCUCUUCUUCUCCAGCAUCUCCUCUUCCGAAUGGCCAGGCUUUGAAGAAAGGUGAUACAGGUGAGAUCGAGAUUAGGAUUGUGAUUCCAAGAAGUCCACAGUCCACUCAUUUGGAGAUUGAAGGAAGAAACAACUCCAAACUUAUUGCAAAUGGAUCACCUGUUUCUUAA